CGCGUUCACCGGCAUGCGCAACAUCCGGCAGUUUCUACAAAUCCUCCAUAUUGGAUAAUGUGAUAACAGAUUGUAAACAUAUCUAAAUUCCAGUAUAAAGAGUUCACAUUUUUGGCUUUCCUAGAUCACCUCUGAAAUACCCUGAUGCCGAGUGAUGCAAUAGAAAAAGAUCGACCUGGCAAAGUGUUUGUUGGAGGAUUACCUACAGAUGUUGAUGAAAAAGCACUGGAAGAAAAAUUCUCUAAAUUCGGCCGGUUGACGGAAACAAUUUUGAUACGAGACAAAGGAAAUAAUAAAUCAAGGGGAUUUGGUUUUGUCACAUUUGAGAACCCAUUGGAUGGUGAAGACGCAGUGAAGACUUUGAACGGACAGGAACUAAAGGGCAAGACUAUUCACGUAGAACAAGCGACCAAGCCUCAUCGAGCUAGGGCAAGUCGCAGCUCGUCUGUCCGAAGUAAAGCACGCAGCAGGUCUCCAGUUAGACGCCGCUCCAGCUCUGACAGAGACCGAAGGAUGAGGGCACCCAGACCAGGAGGCCCCACAAGGGGUGGCAGCUCUAUGGGGCCCCGUAGAGGAAGUGGUGUUGAAAGGCGGGGUGGAGGAGGAAGUUAUAGAGGAAGUCGUGGGGCUCCCAGGGGUCGUGGAGGAUACGGGGGUGGUGGUGGAAGUUCGUACAGUUCCUAUGGCAGAGAUUCGUUCGAGGAUAGGAAACCAAUGGGCAUUAAGAGUGGACCAGAUAGAUCAGAACGAUCCAUGUUUGGAUCAGGUGCCAGAAGGGGACCUCCCCAAUCACAUGACACUCCACCAAGACGAGGAGAAGGGGAUAGAUAUGCUGGGAAUAGUUUUGACCGAAUGGACAGAAUGGACCGGAUGGACAGAAUGGAGAGACCAGAAAGAAUGGAUAGAGGAGCACCUCCUCGGAGGGAUUCGUAUCCGUCCCCCACACGUGAUUACGGUCGGGGUCCUCUUCCCGCAGACAGUCGCAUGCCCCCAAGUCGUGGGUCAGCUAGAGAUUAUCCACAAACCUCACGAGACUACCCUCCUCCUGCUAGGGAAUACUCACCACCUGCCCCAUCCAGAGACUAUCCCUCUAGGGAUAGCUACAGCAGCUACGACCGAGCUCCUGGGCCCCGGGACAGAGCUCCUCCAGCGGCACGUGACAGAGCCCCUGCCAGCACAAGCUAUGAAUAUUCAAGAGAUUAUGGAAUGACAAGCCGGGAUUCCUACACUAGUGCUGCCCCCAGUAGAAGCAGCUUUGGAGCUCCGAGCAGGGACCCUAUACUGUCACCUAGAGAUGAAUACAGUGGUGGUCGUGACUCAUUCCGAUCAGAACCAGCCAGCAGAGAGUACGGACUAUCAACUAGUUCCUAUUCAAGAGACUUCAGUACGAAUAGAACGGUAUCUUCCAGAAGUGAAUACGAUAGAGGUCCUCCACCAUCCAGAGAAUACGAUUCUUACAGAGAAAAUGGACGUCAGAGUGGUCCACCUUCACGACCAAGUGGGCCUCCUAGCCGUGGAUUUGGUAGCACAGGUGGUGGUGGUGGUUCAAGCAGAGACAAUGGAAUGUCAGGAAGACAGACAUCCUCCCGAGGAGGACCGUACAGUUCCCCCUCAUCGCAUGGAGCCCCACCAUCACGGGGUCCUCCCCAAAGGGGACCACCAGGUGGUUCCCGAGGACCCCCUCCUAGGGAGGACAGGAGUAGGGAUGGAUUUGGGGCUGGAAGUAGGCGCCCGCCGCCACCAUCAGACUCGCGAGGACCCCCAAUUAAAAGACCACGCCCGGGCGUUCCAUCUAGGGGAGGUGGACCCCCUUUCAGGCGUUGAGACAUGGACUAUUGAAUGUCUAGGCUAGAGAAAAUGAGAGACAUUGCCUUAUUCAAGAGUUAAAAAGAUUAUAUGAAGUAAAGAGCAGAAAGCUAUUGUGACUCGUGAAUAAGACAUUUUAAAUUUUUUCUAUACAUAGGUUUUUAUUUCAAAAGUCAUAACAAGUCAUUAUGGAAGUUUUAAUCGGUUCAGUAUAAUUGAAUUGUUACUUGAAAGAGACAGAAACCCAAGGUAUUCAUAAUAGAUGUGGGAAAAGUUAGAAACUGAACACCAUAUGAUAAAAUAACAAUCCUCAUAGGGUUACAUAUUUUUUGUAUAGAACUGUUGUAAAACUGUCAUUCAUUAUCAUUCUUGUGAUUGUCAACAUUCAUUAUGUAGUGAACCUUUGAUAAUAAAUAGAUUGUCUUAAUGUAUAAA